AUGGACAUUGAGAGCGGAAGAAGCGAGAAGCAAAGCCAGCUGCUCCCCAAAAACCGGUUGCUGUUAGGCGUUGGCUUGGCCAUCCAAAUCGGCCUCAGUGUUUUAGUGUUUUGGUUCUAUGACGCCCUGUACAAUCGCUCGCCGGCGGGCUGUGCCGCACUGGUAUCAAUGUCGUUGUGUGCCACAAGCCAAUUAUUAGUGCAGCUGUUCACGAGCCGGUUCGAUCUGUCCAGGCUCGUCAAAUUCUACGUGUGGGGUGCCCAGAACGGCAUCUGGACGCGUUUCUGGACCGAGCAGCUCACCAACAAGCUGGAAUGGACAAUAACAAAAGUGCUUUGGGAUCAAAUAUACGGCAACUCAAUGGGAAUCUUCAUGUACAUCUCUCUUAGCGGGUACUGGGAGGGCUACAACCUCACGCUCUACUUGCAGGAAAACUACUGGAAUUCCCUCAAGGCCAGUUGGCUGGUUUGGCCUAUUGCCUCUUUGGUGCAGUUCUAUGUGGUUCCGCAUCGCUACAUUGCUCUUUUCAAUACGGCUGUUAACUUUGUAUGGACUAUCGUUCUCGGUCUCAUUGCAUAA